AUGCAGACGUGUCCCCCGGUGAAGCCGGACAUGCUGAACGUCCACCUCCUGGCCCACACGCACGACGACGUGGGCUGGCUCAAGACCGUGGAGCAGUACUUCUACGGCUUCCGGAACGACAUGCAGCACGCGGGCGUGCAGUACAUCCUGGACUCGGUGCUCUCCGCCCUGGCGGCCGAGCCCUCCCGGCGCUUCGUCUACGUGGAGAUGGCCUUCUUCUCGCGCUGGUGGCGCCAGCAGACCAACGCGACGCAGGAGACCGUGCGGGACCUGGUGCGCCAGGGACGCCUGGAGUUCGCCAACGGCGGCUGGGUGAUGAACGACGAGGCGGCCACCCACUACGGCGCCAUCGUGGACCAGAUGACCCUCGGGCUGCGCUUUCUGGAGGACACGUUCGGCAGCGACGGGCGUCCCCGCGUGGCCUGGCACAUCGACCCCUUUGGCCACUCUCGGGAACAGGCCUCGCUGUUUGCUCAGAUGGGCUUUGAUGGCUUCUUCUUUGGGCGGCUUGAUUAUCAAGACAAACAGGUGCGGAAGGAAAAGCUGGAGAUGGAGCAGUUGUGGAGGGGCAGCAGCAGCCUGAAGCCACCCACUGCUGACCUCUUCACAGGUGUGCUCCCCAACGGUUACAACCCACCGGACAAUCUGUGCUGGGAUAUACUGUGUGCGGACGCGCCAGUGGUGGAAGACCCCCAAAGCCCAGAGUACAACGCCGACAAGCUGGUCCGUUACUUCCUAAAAUUGGCUAAGACUCAGGGCCAGUACUACCGCACCAAGCACACGGUGAUGACCAUGGGCUCCGACUUCCAAUAUGAGAACGCCAACUUGUGGUUCAAGAACCUGGACAAGCUCAUCCGUCUGGUCAACGCGGAGCAGGUGAACGGGAGCCGCGUCCAUGUUCUCUACUCCACUCCUGCUUGUUAUCUCUGGGAGCUGAACAAGGCCAAUCUCACCUGGUCGGUGAAGGAGGACGACUUCUUUCCCUACGCCGAUGGCCCCCACAUGUUCUGGACCGGCUAUUUUUCCAGCAGGCCGGCUCUCAAACGCUACGAGCGGCUCAGCUACAACUUCCUGCAGGUGGGAGGGCGCGGGGCGCGGGAGCUGGAGGCGCUGGCGGGCCCGGCGGCCGCCGCGGGACCGUACGGCGCGGGAAGCAGCGCGCCGCUCCAGGAGGCCAUGGCCGUGCUCCAGCACCACGACGCCGUCUGCGGCACCGCGAGGCAGCACGUGGCGGACGACUACGCGCGGCAGCUGGCGGCCGGCUGGGGGCCCUGCGAGGUUCUCAUAAGCAACGCGCUGUCGCGGCUGAGCGGCUUCAAGGAGGUCUUCUCGUUCUGCCGGGGCCUCAACGUCAGCGUGUGUCCCCUCAGCCAAUCAGCCUCGCGCUUCCAGGUCAUCAUAUAUAAUCCCCUGGGGAGGACGGUGGACCAUAUGGUUCGGCUGCCCGUCAGUGAAGGCGCUUUAGCUGUCAACGAUCCCGAUGGCAAGACUGUGCCCAGUGCAAUGGUGGUCCUUCCCGGCUUCUAUCAUCAGGAGGAACACUCAGAGCUCCUGUUUGCAGCCCGGGUGCCUGCGUUGGGCUUCAGCAUCUACUCAGUAGCCCGUGUGUCCAGCCAGCGCCCCAAGGCCCGCACAAAGGCUGUCAGACCCCAGAUAUCCCAAGGCCAGGUCUUGGUCAUCAAGAAUGAGUACAUCCGGGCUACCUUCAACCCUGACACAGGGUUAUUGAUGAAGAUUGAGAAUAUAGACCAGAAACUCGUGCUUCCUGUGGACCAAGGAUUCUUUUGGUACAACGCCAGUACAGGUAACAAGGAAAGCAGUCAGGCAUCUGGUGCCUACAUCUUCAGACCCAGCCAAAAGAGACCAAUGCCCGUGAGCCGCUGGGCCCGGACGCGCUUGGUGAAGACGGCCUUAGUGCAGGAGAUACACCAGAACUUUUCAGCGUGGUGUUCUCAGGUGAUUCGUCUGUACCCAGGACAGCGUCACCUGGAGUUGGAGUGGACGGUGGGACCGAUCCCUCAUGACGAUGGCUGGGGGAAGGAGGUCAUCAGCCGCUUUGACACCCGGCUGAACACCAAGGGCCGCUUCUACACAGACAGCAACGGCCGGGAGAUCCUGGAGAGGAGGCGGGAUUAUCGACCUACUUGGAAACUGAACCAGACAGAGCCAGUGGCUGGAAACUAUUAUCCUGUCAACAGCCGAAUUUAUAUCACGGAUGGGGUCACGCAGCUGACGGUGCUCACUGACCGCUCCCAGGGGGGCAGCAGCCUGCAGGACGGCUCGCUGGAGCUCAUGGUGCACCGAAGGCUGCUGGAGGAUGAUUCCCGGGGAGUCGGAGAGCCGCUGCUGGAGCUGGGGAGCGGGCAGGUGGUUCGAGGACGCCACCUUGUACUUCUGGACAGGGUGGGCAGAGCAGCUGCUGGGCACCGGCUUCUGGCAUCUGGGGCCGCGGCCGGCCGGGCCCGGUCGCCGCUCAGGCCCGGAGGGAAGCGGGGUCCCGGCUACGGCCUCCGACCCGCGCCCACUGCACCCCGUGGGGCCCGCGGGGACGCGGAGAGGCCCGAGCCCGGAGCACGGCUCCCCAUAGUCGCCUCCGACAGCGACUUCUCCAGAACCCUUCGGGGUCCGCAUUCACCAGCCCCGUGA